AUAUUUUAUUGUUGACCUCAAAAAUGUAAAAUGUUCUGUUUGUUAACUAUACGGUUUUUGUUGGAAUUCUAGGUUAAAACACUUGGUUUUGUUUUAUGAAUUAUGAUAGUUUAACCACAAUUCGUAAUGUUAAUUAUCAAUAAUAAAUUAUAAUUAUAAUAUGAAGUAAACAUGAACUUGUCUUACUAGAAGUAUCCUAGUGCUUAAAUAAUGAUUUGAUUCAAGGCAAGAUGCAAAUUUUUGUUAAAACCCUCACGGGUAAAACAAUUACUCUCGAGGUUGAGUCAUCAGAUUCUAUUGAAAAUGUAAAAUCGAAAAUCCAAGAUAAAGAAGGCAUUCCCCCGGAUCAACAGCGUCUUAUUUUUGCUGGCAAGCAAUUGGAAGAUGGUCGCACAUUAUCUGAUUACAAUAUACAGAAGGAGUCAACUCUUCACUUAGUACUUCGCUUAAGAGGUGGUGCUAAGAAGCGUAAGAAGAAAAAUUAUUCCACACCAAAAAAGAUCAAACACAAGAAGAAGAAAAUCAAGUUAGGAAUUCUUAAGUUCUAUAAGGUUGACGAAAAUGGAAAGGUGCAUAGAUUAAGGAAAGAAUGUGCUGCUGAAAACUGUGGGCCUGGAGUAUUCAUGGCCGAGAUGCCCAACAGAUUCUACUGUGGAAAAUGUAGUUCUACCAUAGCUAAAUAAAUUGUAUUUUAUUUUUAAGUACAAUACAGUUUAUUCUAAAAAG